UCGACCAAGUCCCGGCAUCUACCCCCUGCUUCCUGGGUGGAUGGUGCGUUGGCGAGGGAAGUUGUAGUGGGAGCUGCUGCUGUCUUCGGAGGUGAUCGGCGUUGUUCGAGACGCGGUGGUGAUGCUUAGCUUAGGACAGGUGCUUCGGUUGUGUAGUCAUGUUGUUUGUGGUGGGUGUAGCUCCCUGCAGCUAUUAGGGCCGCAGUUUUUUUCUUUCUCUUUUUGAUCUUCGGAUCUUCACCAUGUUGUUCUUCCGCUGCUUUCUGCUAAAUCUGAAUCAAGCCAGCAAUUUGCUGGAUCUUUCAAAAAAACAUGGGUGAAAAAAUGCACGAAUCUCAAAGUUUUGGACGGCCAAGACAGGCAGGGACGUCCGUCGACGUAUGGUGGGAAACCUUUUUUCUUUUUUGGACGCUGACCAUGAGACCGCUUAUUCUUUUGCAAAAAGAGAAGUCCGCCGUUUGCCCAUGCAUGCAAGUAGCUGCGUGCGUGUUGACUUUUUGACCAGUCGACCUGCCGCUGGCCAUAGACUUUUUGACAAGUCCGCCGUUUAAGAUAAGAGAGCUCUACGUCGUCGUCCUCGUGUGCGCCUACCUGCUACCGUUGGCUGUUCUUCACAACACAAUUAGCACAGAGGGACUUCCGGAGCAAGCACAAAUUAAUUCUCGAGCGAGCACGAGAGAGCAGCUCCUCCAAGAUACGUGCGGCUUCUCCAAGAGAUUUAUCAGAUCUUCAGCCGAAGAAUAUGCACGUCUUGUUGCAGCUUAGCCUUCUUGGCCUCAUACUGCUUGGGACACAGCAUGCCUCUGGGGCCGCGGGUCCUAGCUCAAACUGCCGAAGGCGGUGCGGCGAUGUCGAGAUACCGUACCCAUUUGGCAUCGAUCCCAAUAUCCCCAACUGCUCGCUCGCAGAAGUCUUCGACCUUAGCUGCGAGGUUAGAGAUGGCGCCCUCAAGCCCAAGCCGUUCAAGGCCAUCUUUGAGGUGCUGGACAUCUCCCUGACCCACAGCACCGCCAGGGUGCUCAACUACAUCGAGGCUUUCUGCUACAACAACUCCACCAGGAGCAUGGAGCAUCUCGGCUAUCACGAGAGCCAGAACGGAGGGCCUUCCUCCGUCUACCGGCUCUCCGACGUCGAGAACAGGUUCACGGUCAUCGGGUGCAACGCCCUGGGCAUCAUGUCCGACUUCGCCGGCACGGGGUACCAGGGGAUGGGCGUGGCCACGUGCCGCAACCUGUCGGACCUGGUGGACGGGUCCUGCGCCGGCAUGGGCUGCUCCCAGACCAUGAUACCCAAGAGGAUGUACUACUACGACACCAACUUCUCCCGCUCCGUCAACACGAGCCGGAUCUGGGAGUUCAACCGGUGCAGCUACGCGGUGCUCAUGGAGGCCGCGGCGUUCAACUUCAUCACCUCGUACGUCGGCAACACCACCUUCAACGACACGCACCAUGGGCGGGUGCCCAUGGUGGUUGAUUGGGCUGUGAGGGACGCAAAGUCGUGUGACGACGCACGACGGAAUACGACCUACGCAUGCCUCAGCAGCAACAGCGUGUGCGUGGAUUCCGUCAAUGAUUACGGCUAUAUGUGCAACUGCUCGCAGGGGUACAAAGGCAAUGCUUAUCUCCCCGGUGGAUGCCAAGAUGUCGACGAAUGUAGUAACAACAACCCAUGUCCUUCGGGAGGCACUUGCCACAAUACAAUUGGAGGAUACCGGUGUUCGUGUCGUGUAGGAAGAAAAAUGGAAGACGAUACAUGCAACCCUGAUAUCGGCUUAAUACUAGGAGUUACACUAGGAUUAUUUGGGGCAAUCAUUAUCGCCAUGAUCACUGUAUUUUGGGGACAAAUGAUAAUCCAGAAGAGAAAAUUGGAAAAAGUUAAGAGGGAGUAUUUCCGCCAACAUGGAGGGUUGCUUUUGUUUGAUAGGAUGAAAUCUGAGAAAGGUCUUGCUUUCACUAUAUUUUCAGAAGCUGAGCUUAUACAUGCCACCAACAACUUUGACAGUACCAGAAUACUUGGAAAAGGAGGUCAUGGAACAGUCUAUAAAGGGAUAUUGAAGAACAACAUUACAGUUGCAAUUAAAAGAUGUGCAUUAGUUGAUGAAAGGCAAAAGAAGGAAUUUGGCCAAGAGUUGCUCAUUCUAUCCCAAAUAAAUCACAAGAACAUUGUGAAACUCUUAGGUUGUUGCCUUGAGCUGGAAGUUCCAAUUCUAGUAUAUGAUUUUGUUCUAAAUGGUACACUUUUUGAGUAUAUUCAUGGAAAGAACCGAUCAUCACAUAUCUCCUUCAACAAUCUCUUAAGGAUUUCUCAUGAAGCAGCCGAAGGACUCAGCUUCCUACACUCUUAUGCAUCUCCCCCUAUUAUUCAUGGUGAUGUAAAAACUUCCAACAUUCUUCUUGAUGACAACCACAUGGCCAAGGUAUCGGACUUUGGAGCCUCGGUACUAGCCCCAUCUGAUGAAGAGCAAUUUCUCACAAUACUUCAAGGUACGUGUGGAUACCUUGAUCCUGAAUACCUGCAAACGUGUCAGUUGACAGCUAAAAGCGAUGUGUAUAGCUUUGGAGUUAUCCUUUUGGAGAUCCUCACAGGCCAAUUGCCACUAAAGCUUGAAGGGCCUGACACACAAAAGAUCUUAUCAUCGACUUUCCUAUCUGCCAUGAAGGAGAACAAUCUUGAUGCGGUGUUGGUCAAACACGUGAAAGAACAAGAGAGCAUGGAGUUGCUGAAAGGACUUGCAGACCUAGCAAAGAAAUGCCUAGAUAUGUGUGGUGACAGCAGGCCCUCGAUGAAAGAGGUUGCGAAUGAGCUCGGCAGAUUGAGAAAGCUUCCAAUGUAUCCAUGGGUACGAGUGGGCGUGGAGACGGAUGGAGAGAGCCUUCUAGGUGGAGAUUCCACCGGUGUUCAGGAAGUAGAAUCUGACUAUUCUAUGGGAGAAAAUGAGAACCAACACAUAAAUCCAGGAAGUUCAUAUUAUGCUAGGUGACGAAAGCAAUUAGAUACUCCAUUAAGCUACUAGCACUUGCGUGCAUAGCUUCUUUCCAUACGUUUUUCUCUCUGAAUAUUGUUACCAUGUGUAUUUGCCCCCUGACUAGCAUUCUUGAACGUGUUUUAUGUGUAUUUGAUCUGGUCACACAUAUUUGGUUGGAUUGGAUUUGAACAAAAGGGAUAAACUUUUUGCUGACAUGUGGAAACUGCUGACUGAUUGCUGGUCAUGUAAAGAUUUUAACUUCCAGUACUAACUCGUCAGAAAAUUUAAAUGUUAGUCAUGUAAGUUAAACCUUGAACACCUAGGGUAGUUUGCUUUCGUUGGAACUCUCAUAUUGUUGAUUCGUUAUUUCAUGAUAAUGAAAACCAGCUCCUUCGUAUGAGGCAAAAAAGAAAGACAAAGUGGCCCACCUUGUUGAGGAUGCAAGCGGGGAACUCUGCCAAUAUUUUGUGGCCUAGUAAUAUUAUUGUAAACGACAACACUUAUUUUGGAUCAGAGGGAGUAUAAGUCUUAAAAUUUUAAAUAUUAAAGUAGCAAGUUCUUCAAUAAACAACAGCCAUAGUUGUAUCUGGGAUAGACUAGGUACAUACCGUACACAUCAUGUAUUUUGGAAACAGAUGGCUACAUUAUUUGCAGCGUUCAAAUUCAUUUCCAUGCAUGGUCGCCUGGGAAGCAUGACUAGAAUUAAACUUACUUGAAGAUCGUAAAUUUAAGAAGAAUUAAACUUGAUUGGAGAUCAUCAAGUUGAUCAACCUAUUCCAGACAUCCAGUAAACCAGUGUAAAGCAAGUAAAUGCUCUUAACAACCAAUGGCAGUAAUCAGCAGUAUCGACUACCAAAAAAGCGAAGCACACACGGUAACAGAUCCACGAAACGAAACAGAGAGCGUCUUCAUUGUACAUAGACAGAGUGACCCAUGGCAGCUACUUUAUCCGAAGCUGUUUUUUUCUUGGAUUCAACGAUUCAAAUGUCGCUUAUUACAUUACAAACCAGAGCAGCAAAAAUGCAUGCAGUUGGAUUUGAAAAGAAAAACAUAAAA